AUGUCGCACCUGGAAGAGAUCUCCGACGCGGGAAUCGAGGCGAUGGCCGAGUCCGGAUGCGUGGCCGUACUCUUACCCUCCACCGCGUUCAUUCUCCGUUUGACACCGCCACCGGCUCGCAAAAUGAUCGAAAACGGAGUGAUUGUGGCGUUGGGCUCGGAUUUCAAUCCGAACGCCUACUGUCUGGCCAUGCCCAUGAUCAUGCAUUUUGGUGGGUUUUCUGACCGUCUUCAGCGUACCGCGCAAGUCAAGGAGUCCUGAACUCAACGGAAGAACACGCAAGAAUUUUUAUCUUUUUUAGAAAAUUUUUUCAUGAAAUGUGAUCAACUGUCGAAAUGUAGAGCAAAGUGAACUCUACUCAUAAAAAAAUAAUUGUAAAUUUAGCUGCUCAUACAAAAAAGUUAUUCGAGUUGUUGCGUGAAAAGGGGGCUAACGGGGAAGGAACAACUCGAAUAACUUUUUUUUAUGAAACGCUAAAUUUACAAUUAUUUUUCUAUAAGCACAGUUCACUUUCCUCUACAUUUCGUCAGUUGAUCACAUUUCAUGAAAAAAUUUUCUAAAAAAGAUAAAAAUUCUUUCGUUGAGUUCUUCCGCUCAACACUGAUUUUCCCCCCUUUUCGAUGUUUUUCCGUUGUGAAAAAGCAAAAAAAAUGCGAGAAUUGCAGCGUGCGUGACGAUGAAACUGUCAAUGUGUGAAGCGCUGACGGCCGCCACCCUAAACUCGGCGCACUCGAUCGGAAGAGGCAAAACGCACGGAGCAAUCGCGUCGGGAAGGUCUGUGUCACAAAUGUUCGUUCCCAAAAAAAAAAAACGACAAUAAUUCAGGCACGCCGACUUUCUGAUAUUGUCGGCCAACUCGUGGGAGCACAUAAUCUAUCGGAUCGCCGCCCAUCACGACGUCAUUCGUCACGUCGUCAAAAACGGAAAUAUUGUCGAAUUUUGA